AGAGAGAGAGAGAGAGGUGAGCCAGGUCAACCUUUGGGAGGGUCUCGAAGGGGAGCUCCAAGUGGAAAAAAAGGGAACCACCUUUAGGCUUGGCCCUCCCCUCUUCUCAUCUCCUCCCUUCUCCUUCUCUUUCUCUUCGUGAUUGCGAUCAUUUAUUUGGUCGCCCAAAUCUUUUUCUCGUCGAAUCCGAGCCUGCCUCUCGAAUUCGGCAGCUGGAGCCCUGACCAGGGAGGUGGGUUUCGCGUGGUGCUCUUGCUUUCUUGCACGAUCGGGGGGGUUGCUUUCGUUCGUUAAAAGGAACGUCUUUUGUCCCGAUUCGCUGGUUUCUCUCACGGAUCCGGCCGUGGCUUUUGCUGGUCCUCUUGGUGUUACUGGAGCUUAUUAGGGUCAGAGGAGGAGGGAGCUGGUCUCGAGAGUCGUUCUUGAUGGGGAAUUGCUGGGGCGCGCAGGUCAAGGCGGAGAGCUCCUCCCACAGUGUCUUUGCAUCAGUUCAUAUCAUCUUUGGAUGCAUAGGCGCGAACUCUAGAUACAGUAAGAGAGAUGGAAAGCUUAGUGGUUCUAGCAGCCGGGUUUCCGCCGCAUCUGUGCCUCCAACCCCUCGGAGUGAGGGUGAGAUUUUGCAGGCAUCCAAUGUGAAGAGCUUUACAUUCAACGAACUGAAAAAUGCCACCAGGAAUUUCCGACCAGACAGUGUGUUAGGAGAGGGAGGAUUUGGUUCAGUCUUUAAGGGAUGGAUUGAUGAGCACUCACUUGCAGCAACCAAGCCUGGGACUGGAAUUGUUAUUGCCGUGAAGAAGCUCAACCAGGAAGGCUUUCAGGGUCACAGAGAAUGGUUGACAGAAGUUAACUACCUGGGCCAAUUGUCUCAUCCUAAUCUUGUAAAGCUUAUUGGGUACUGCUUAGAGGAUGAACAGCGACUUCUUGUCUAUGAGUUUAUGCCGCGGGGGAGCUUGGAAAAUCAUCUUUUCAGGAGGGGUUCAUACUUUCAACCCCUUUCUUGGAACCUCCGGAUGAAGGUUGCACUAGGAGCUGCAAAAGGGCUUGCUUUUCUGCACAGUGACAAGGCAAAAGUCAUUUAUCGCGAUUUUAAAACAUCUAAUGUCCUUCUUGAUUCAAACUACAAUGCAAAGCUUUCUGAUUUUGGGUUGGCAAAAGAUGGUCCAACUGGUGAUAAAAGCCAUGUCUCCACCAGGGUCAUGGGAACGUUUGGAUAUGCUGCUCCUGAAUAUCUUGCAACAGGUCAUUUGACUGCCAAGAGCGAUGUGUAUAGCUUCGGGGUUGUUCUUCUAGAAAUGUUAUCCGGACGGCGAGCUGUGGACAAGAACCGCCCAGCCGGGGAACACAAUUUGGUGGAGUGGGCAAGGCCUUAUCUCUCAAACAAGAAAAAGAUCUUCCGCAUCUUGGAUACACGGCUGGGAGGGCAGUACUCACUGGGAGGAGCCCAGAAGGCUGCUGCCCUUGCUCUUCAGUGCUUAUCCAUAGAUUCUAAAUACAGGCUAAACAUGGAUGAAGUGGUAUCAGCAUUAGAACAGCUGCAGGAUGCCAAAGACACUGGGAGAAACCCUCACACCGAACGGAAAGGGAGCAGCCAGAAUGUUGGCAGCAAUCUGCAUCGGUAUCGCCGGAGAAGCUUAGAAGAAGCUGGAAGUAGAAAGGGUGCUCAUGCUAGGUCCUCAGCUUCCCCUCUUUAUGCUUAGUAGCCCAAGCUGAGGGAGACUGUGAUUUGAUUUCCAGAGAAGGGUUUGGGGGGGGGAGAGAGAGUGUAGAAGGGACUGAUCUUGUAUCUAACAUGCUAUGUGUAUCACCUUCUGUUGCUGUACAGCUUUUCUUGUUCUUUCAUGGACGGUGUUUGAAUUUUGGCCUUUCUUGAAGUCAUGGAUGAGCGCUUUUUAUUCCGAA